UCAGACAACAGCCGCGGCGCUGAGGAGGAGACGCGAGCGGCGUGGACCCGAGUGGACACGGCGGCACCGACACCAGGACCUCAGCGGGGCCCGGAGCGACCAGUGUCCGGGCUGCAGCGCCCUCCGGGCCGGACCGAACCUCCUCCUUCUUCCCCAGCGCUCCGACUGCGCGGUUCCCCCCGGGAGUGAAGAGGAGGGAGGAUGAAGAAAAGCAACCAAAGCAUACGGGGCUUCCAGGACUCCGGUCCGCUCGCCGUCCAGCAGCCGGAGAAGGCGGGUUGGAUCAGGAAGUUCUGCGGUCGAGGGAUUUUCCGGGAGCUGUGGCGGAGCCGGUACCUGGUGGUGAAAGGAGAUCACCUCUACAUCUCAGACAAGGAGGUUAAAGAUGAGCGUAAAGCCCAGGAAGUGUUUGACCUGGCUGAUUACGAGCGUUCAGAGGAGCUGAGGAAGGCGAAGAGUCGGAGCAAGAAGAACCACAGUCGCUUCACGUUGCUGCGCUGCAAGCAGCGAGGAAACACGGUUCCUAACCUGGUGUUUCUGGCUGUGAGUCCGGAGGAGAAGGAGUCCUGGAUCAACACGCUGAACGUGGCUAUAAUCAAGGCUAAGAACAGAGUUCUGGACGAGGUGACCAUUGAGGAGGACAGCGCUCUGGAUCAUCUGACCAGAGAUCGGGCGAAGAUCCCUCACAGCCGCCGGCUGCCGACCAGAGGACACCUCAUGGCCGUGGCCUCCACCUCCUCUCACGGCAUGCUGACCCUUGACCUGGUUGCCGAGGAGGACGGUUUCUGCCUCGAUUAUGACGACGACGAAUCCUGGGAGGACAGCUUCCGGGUCGACCUGCAGAAAGAUGACUCUGGAGGCGAGGUCGGAGGUCGUCAGCGGGCGGGAACCGACGUCUCGAAGCUGCGGGUGACGACCAAAGAGCCCAAAGUGAAGACGGGGAGCCUACCGAGAGGCAGCGAGCGCUCCUGGGGAAAACAGCCACACCUGGACGCCUCGAAAGUCCAAAAGAACCAGCAGGUCCUUCAGGCCCAGUCUCGAACGCCGCAGCCAGGGAAGAGGUUCAGCAUGCAGGGUCGGAGCCGCUGCGCCUCCAUGGAUGAAGUCCUGUCCUCCAGACCGGCAAUGAUUCGGUCAGAGUUUCGUUCGGCUCUUCGGCGCUGUCCGACCGAAGAGGAGGCGGGCGGCGGCCCUUCCGCCCAGCCGGUGGGCCAGCUGCAGAGCCUCAUCGCCCAGAGGAUGCAGAGAGCCCAGGAGCUGCUGGAGGAAAUGAGGCUGCAGGAGCUGCAAAAGGCCAAAGCGGAGAGAGAACGAGGCGGCAGCUCAACGUACCUGAAGGGGAUCAACUCUCCUCGGCUUCACCACCUCAGGGGCUCAGACUCUCCCCACUCCAGUAGAUCGUCUGGAUCUCCGAGGAGCAGGAGCAGCGACUCGCCUCGCCUCCGGGGCAAAGACUCGCCCCGCCUCAGAGGAAGAGAGUCUCCUCGAUCCAAAGCCAAGAAGAACCGCUCCAAAGCUGCCGACUCGCCUCGCUCCAGAGGGUCUCACUCUCCUGCAGGUAAAGUCGCCGACUCGCCUCGCCUGAAGGAUCCGAGCGGCUCUCCUCGAUCCAAGAGCUCCGACGCUCCAAAACUGAAGGGGUCAUCAGGUCCCAGCGCCAACAGAAAGGAUUAUUCUCCUCCACAGAAGACUCCCGAGACGCCGCCAUGUUUGAAUAGAUCCAACUCCUGUCAGGCGGAGGGAUCCGGUUCGUUGCAGGGCAGCGAAACCGACUCCCCUCAUUUGGGCAUCAUUAAGGAGAACCAGCAGAACCAAAACUCCCCAGGUCUGCACAGAUCCUUCGACUCCGCCCAACCCAAAACCCCCGACAAACUCCGCCUUUCUCCUCCUCCUCUGGAGCCGCCUGAAGAGGAUCGGGAGGUGGAGAGGCGGCGCGCCGAGGCCGAGCGGCUGCUGGCGGAGGCGGUGUCGUCCUGGAAGGAGGCGCAGGAGGUCCUGCAGGAGGUGAAGGAGCUGCAGAGCCAGACGCUGAGGCGGCAGCGCAGGAGGACCUACGAGAAGAUGACAACGGCGGCGGCAGCUCCGCAGCCUGCGGCAACCGCAGCAACCGCAGCCGGAGAGGAGGACGACACUCCGGCCUCCCCGACGUCACCGGAGGACGAGGAGGAGUCCGAGACGCCAUGACGAGAACAAACAUCUGGCAGCGCUACUCUGCAUGCUUACACUGCAAAAAAACUAAAUCUCACCUCAUUUGUUUGGUCUAGUUUCUAGUGCAAAAAGCUUAGUGCUCUUGAAAUAAGACAAAACUAACUUAAACGUAACAUUUCUGCUAGAUAUAGAGGCUUAUUUUAGUAAAUAAUUUUUUAUAGUUGACCUGCUAUGCUUCUUUGAACAGAAUAUUAUAGAUCUAUGGGUUAUACAAAAAGUUAAUUACAUGUUUUGCAUAAAAUCAUUAUCGGAUAAUUAGAUUUCAGACUGGUAAGUUUAGAGUUCCUUCCAGUUGUUUCAGGGCGUUUAGGUGCUGGCCACGCCCGAAAUCAGUGUUUACACUCUAUCUUUAAAAUGGCUGCAAACAGAUACGCAAUCAUACAUCUUUGAAAAGCAGAAGUAGAACCUCCUGCACAACCAACAAGAACGCAGCAAGUGGUUUCUGGACGGUAAGUCAGAAACAAAACACUUGUCUUUUCCAGCAGCCAUUGUAAAGCACAUAGACCAAUAAAACAGCAGACCGAACAUCCUUGACCUCAGAUUGAGUUGCUAAGCAACGGGCAGUGAUAGCUGAUUUGUGAGGUUACAGUCGUAAAUUUUUAAAUGACUCAUUUUCCAGACACCAGAAAUACCUAAUUUAUUUCCAGGUACCAGGUUGGUGUUUUUUAAGCACUUUGGUUGUUUUUAGAAGCAGUAAAUAUCCAAAUUUAAGUAAAGACAUGUGAAUUUUACUCAAUAGGUUCCCCUUAAUAUUAACAGAAAAAGUACUAAUUUCUCUGAUUAUUUAACUUAUAACGAGACAUUUUCUUAUGUUAUCAAUAAAAAAUAAUCUCCCAAUUGAACUAGAAUUUUUCUAUCAAUAUUAUGGAAUUAUUUACAUAAAAAAGUUUCUGUUUCUUGCUGAAAAAUUACUUGCAACUUAGUUUUGUCGUAUUUCAAGUGUAAUAAGAUAUUUGCUCUAAAAACUACACCAAAAACACUUGGUAAGAUGUUCUGUGUUUGCAGUGUAUGCACAAAAAACUAACAACGUUUACACAAUUUCUACAUUGUUGAUCAUGUUUCCCAAAAAAGUUCCAAAUUUUCAUUGAUUAAGGCAACAAGAUGCACGUGACGAUAAAUGUGGAUUAUUCAAACACCAGGGAUACGUUUCGUUCCAGGGGAUUUAUUGACUUUAAUCCUGUCUGGCGCUCCGUCGUCACCAAGCAGAAAGCCCCUCUCUGCUGUCAGGAAACCUCCAUCUGUGGCGGGAGCUCCACAUUUAAUUUUAAUUACCGCAGCUUUAAUGGAGAGGAGCUCCUCUUCACCUCCUCUCACGAUGCUGCACGGCUUCCUUCUUUGUCUCCGAAGAGAAAACCCUCUCCGUUCAUUUUUAAACCGAGAUGUCAAACCUUUUUAUGACAGUCAACGAAGAGCACAAAAUGACUUUUUUUUUUAAAAAGAAAAAAGAAAAAAAUGAACUUCCGAUUUCUGCACUGAUUUAAAACUUUAACCUGCUUGUUUGCUGAUAUAUUACUGAGUCUUCUUUGUAGCAUUUCUUUCAAAAAACGUUUUUGAAAUCGCUUGACCGUCUGAUUUAGUUGUAGCUUAAAGGUGACCUAUUAUGCUUCCUUGAACAGUUUAGGGUAGUUUUAUGGGUAAAACCAGCAAACCAAUCGCUCUGGAGCUCCACUUGGAGCAAUGUGGCUCUUUUGCCAAAUACCAAAACAUGUGAUCUUCUUAUCAGAAAAUGGCUUUUUAGCGGUUGGUGUAAGUCUAAAAAUGUAUAAUAGGUCUCCUUUAAUGAGCAGCAGACCUGCUGAAGCUUCAUUCCAGCUUAUUGUUGAUUUUCAAAUAAGCUGCAUCCAAAAUCAGGGAGUUUGAAGUUAUAAAAAAUGAGCAAAAAAAAAAAAAAAAAAGAAGCAAUAAUAACUGAUUUUUAAAAAUUAUUAUUUGUUUGUGAUUUCAGGCUGAAAAAAAGCCGCAGACCAGCUCAGAUAUUAUAAACUCUGCACUAUGGACUGAACUUCUUUGUAACAAUUUUGCUGCAACCAGCUUUUACUGUAUGAUUGAAAACUGAAGUCAGGAUUUUAUUUGCACAUUUGCUGAAUAUUUGAUAGUUGACUUUUUAUUAAAUCCUCACUUAGUGUUUGAUUUUUUGAAAAUAAUUUGUCCCUUUAAAUUAAUUCCCAUCGGAACAUGAACAAAUGUGCUUCCUUUAUAUACAAGAUCAUCCAUUAGAUUUCAAUAUCAAGAAAAAAAAUCAACCGAGUUUCCAAAUAAUGAUUUCAUUUAGUAAGGGAAUAAAGAGCCAAACUAACUUGAUCCUGUGUGGAAAUUAAAUUGAUCUCAAAAACUAAUAAUUGGCCACAUUUCAUCUCAAUGAUGAGAGAAAUAAAUACUUUUUUGCAUAAAUACUUUUUUGUAAUUCUACCACAUCUUUCAAAAUCUUCAGGACCAUAAAGAUACUUCCAAGAAAUUAAAAAAUCUUAUGAUUAUGCAACUCAUUACUACUGAAAACUAACUAUGAUGCUUGAACUAUUAUGUCACAUUUAUAAAUGUUACACUGUUGAUAUUUAAUAACGCUUGUUUAGCUGAAAAACUGGGUUGUCUACUAGUUCUCAAUUUUUUCCCUCUGAAUAAUAAAUUAUUUUCAUACUUCAUUUGUAAUUUUUAUGCUGCAGUUGAAGUUAACCCAUCUAUAAACCCACCCACGGAAACUUUCAAAGACAUAGAGGCCUUGGCGACAUGAAAACAAUCUUUAUAUUUGUUGAUGUUUCGAAAAACGGUUGUUGUCUACGCAGUUGUUUCCAGAUGUUUCUUCAUCCACACUAAAAACUCUGAAUAACACACAAAAUGCUGUAGAAACUACUCCAGGCCUGUGGGCGGCGCUGUGACGCCACCGCAGAAAUACACCAAAGCACAGAAGAAAGUGUUCGGUUAAGUGGGCUACAACGUCAAAAACCAACUCAUAAAACAUGGUUAUAGCUGCACUAAAAGAUCAUUUUCACACAUGAAAUGUUGCAUUAAAGCCAGUUCACAAACCAGAAACAAUAUAAUAAUACAUGUGUGUUUUUCAUGGUUGCAUAUAGACGGCACCCAAACAUUAGCAACAGUUAGCUCGCUAGCUCAAAUCAACCGUUCAAUUGAGACUUUAACUAGCUUGCUGGCUAACGGCCAUUAGGCAAACACUUACAGGACAAAUUGAAAAAUGUCAGCUAGUAUACGAUUUGGCUAAAUAACUACUAUUCCUGAUCACUUCUGAAUUUUCAAAUUUACAGCAGAAUAAAUGCCACAACUUUAAAAGUUCAUUGGGGACAUGAAGGAUGCUAAGAGCUGCUAAUGUUCUGUUAAGGUUGAAUAUUGUCUCUGUAAAAAGUCACAUUUUGUAAGAUAUAACUUUCUUAUUUAUGUUUGCAGUGUCGCAAUGUUUGAACAAUUUUUCAUCCAGUUUGUGAGUUUUUGCACAUUUGUCAUAAAUACUGAGAGCAUGGAUAAAACAGCACUGAUGCUGACAGAGCUAAAUCACAUUGUGAGUUAUCUGUACUGUGAGAUUUUGAGAGGACGUGAAACAACUGUAUUCAUUUGUAAUUUAUUUCUAUGUUUAUGCACAUUGAAAAAAAAUGCAUUUUCUAGGCAGAAUCCAAUGCUGUAAUCACUGUUUAUAUAGAAAUAUGAGUUCCUGCGUGGUUUUACUUGACUUCAGAUAUACCUGUUUAUGUUUUUAUGCAUUGUGGAAACACCAAAACAAAAACACUGCUGAUUUUCUGUGCAACUACUGCUAAUGCAAACUAUAAUAAGCUAAACUGCUGGUAAGGUGAGCAGCUUCCCCUGCUUUGUUUUGCUUUAGGUUAGUUUCAACACCAUGACGGGUUUAUAGAAAACUUCUGAGUCGAACUGACUCAAAGCAGGUCGAUUCAUCUCACCUUACGAGCUGAUGAUUUUUAUUUCUUCUUUAAAUAAUAAUACAAAAACAAGGUUGUUGGACUAAUAUGUGGAUGGUGAUGUAUGUAUGUGCAUUUUGCAUUAACUUGUAUACGGCUCCAAAUACACAAUGCAACUGCAAAGUUGUGAAAUAAAAUAAAAAAAGACUUUGACCUUUACUCAAAUGAUGCCAAAAUUCA